GGCUGUUUAGGAUGUCAAUGAUGAGAGUAUACGAUGGUGGUGUAAGUAGUCGGGCCUAUUUAACAGGCAGCUGUUGAAAUGGGCCGGUGAGUAGUCGUUUUCGUCAACUCAUCGAAGACUCAGAAUACCUUUUGACAACAAAAUUCACUACAUUCAACGAAGAAGAAGCAAUGCAGAGAGUUUCCGAAGAAGAAGAAGAAGAAGAACACCAACUUAUCCACCAACACAACCAGAGGAACCUCCCUCCUUUUUUCACCACCAAACUCAAGUUCUUCAACUUUCAAAAGAGGUACCUCUUCGCUAUUCUCCCUCUCUCCAUCAUCAUCUUCUUCUAUUUCGCCCCCGAUCCCCACUCCGUCUUCUCCCUCACCUUCUCCUCUCCCCAUCAAUCCAACCAUUCCCAAUUGCGAGCCCUCUACCUCCUCCGCAAACAGAAUUCACUACUUCUCCGCGCUUUUAACUCCACUUCCCCGCAAUUCGACAAUCUUAAAUCAACAUUGAUCCACCAGAUUUCAUUCAACUCGCAAAUUCAACAGGUUCUACUAAACCCCCAUGGAAUCGAAGAUUUUGACGAUAGAUGCACAACAGUGGGACGGAAUGUGUCGCAUAGAAGAACCAUUAAAUGGAAACCCAAAGCUAAUAAGUAUUUACUUGCCUUAUGCGUAUCGGAGCAUCUCAUUUGCUUACAGAAACACAUGCUUAUUGCAGCUCUUUUGAACCGGGUUUUGAUUAUUCCCAAUUCGAAACUGGUUGAUUAUGAGUACGACAGAGUGUUGGAUAUUGAUCAUAUCAAUCAAUGCAUUGGAAGGAAGGUAGUGAUCCCCUUUGAACAACAAUUUUCCAACCAUCAUCAUCACCAUCACCUUACUGAUACAUCAGUUAAGCUCCUUUGUUAUUUUGCACUCCCUCAACCCUGUUUUCUAGACCAACAACAUUUCAGGAAGAAAAUGAAACUGUUAGGAUUGUCUAUGAGUAAACCAGAGGUAGUUUGGGCGGAAGAAGAUACAAAGAAACCUACAAAUAGAACCGUUGAAGAUGUUGUGUCCAAGUUUACAAGCGACGAACCUGUUGUCGCUAUUGGGGAUGUUUACUAUGCUGACAUAGAGUCGAUGAGUGAUCCUAUCGCUCACCGCUGCAACAGUCUCAUUCAACCCACACGCCUUAUCUUUCUCACUGCUCAGCGCUUUAUUCAAACUUUCCUGGGAAGAAACUUUGUUGCGUUGCAUUUUCCAAGAAACCGCUUUUUGAAAUUCUGUAAUGAUGCCAACCGAACGAGUUGUUUUUAUCCGAUUCCUCAAGCAGCAGAUUGCAUAUCGCGGGUGGUAGAAAGAGCCAAUGCACCUGUCAUUUAUCUUUCCUCAGAUGCUGCAGAAUCCGAUAUUCGUCUGCUUCAAUCGCUAAUUGUGGUCAACGGUAGGUCUGUUCCACUUGUUAAGCGUCCUCCUCGUAAUUCAGCAGAAAAAUGGGAUGCUUUGUUAUACAGACAUCAUAUUGAAGGAGAUCCUCAGGUGGAAGCUAUGUUGGACAAGACUAUAUGUGCCAUGUCUAGCGUGCUCAUCGGAGCUUCCAGGUCAACUUUCACUCGAGACAUCCAACAGCUAAGAAAGGAUUGGGGAUCAGCAUCAUUGUGCGAUGAGUAUCUUUGCAAAGAUGAGGAGCCAAAUGUUGUUACAGAAAAUGAAUAAGUACCUAGGACAAAAAUUGAUGGAUAAGUUAAGUCCGGAGUCUCAGUUCUCAAGCAAAACAUUGAUCAAUGCUUUAUGUCCUACCAUAUGUUGCCACAUACUUAAAUCAAUUGUAUGUCAAAUGCAUUGAUUACUUAAGUGAAGCAGCAAUUUUCUAUUGCUGAUACUGAUUUUAAAGGUGAUAGAAGAUAAAUUUCAUAUUUUACAGUCCAAACUAUUCUUCCUGCUUUUACAUUUCCAAAUUUGAGCACUAGAUAUAGUAACAAUCCAGACAACAUUUUUUAAAUAGGAAAACAGAGCAAGUUACACAGGAGAUAGAUAUAAAACCAAUCAAGCCAUAAAAGUCCUUGUGUAAGCUAUGUGAAAUGCUAAGAGAAAUAUAUAAAUGGGGAAGAGAUAUAGGAAUGACUAUGAGUUAAUAAACUGAUGGAAAACCUGGAUUUACAAGAUUAAAAUAUUAAUUAUGCAAUGAUGACAAAAUUCUCCACUAGAUAGGAUCUUCAUAUCCCAUUAGUUCACAACUAACUUACUCUAAAGCACG